UGAAGAGCAGUCGUAUCAUCAUUCUUUCCUUUUUUUUGUGACAGAGAAUUGUUGACAGCUACCGUAAAAUAGGUAAAAUAGGUGCGUCCCCGUUCCAGUACGAAAUCACGUUUUAAUAAACGGAAAAAUAUGGCUACAGCAUCAUCAACAAAAGAAUUUUCCUUGAGGUGGAAUAAUUUUUCCAACAAUCUGACUUCUGGCUUCCUCUCUCACUUAAGCGAGAAUGAUUUGGUUGAUGUGACAUUUGCUGUGGAAGGACAAUUGUUGGCUGCCCACAAACUGGUUCUUUCCGUGUGUAGUCCUUACUUCAAAAACAUAUUUAAGGAGAAUCCUUGCCAACAUCCAGUGAUAAUACUGAAAGAUGUAAAACAUACAGAAAUUGUAGCUUUGCUGAAGUUCAUGUAUCAAGGAGAAGUGAAUGUAAGGCAGGAAGAUCUACCAAAUUUCCUAAAGAUGGCACAAAUGCUCCAGAUAAAAGGAUUGGAGGGUGGCGAGGGGCAAAUCAUAUCACUGUUAAACAAUUAUGUCAAUGUGUCGGAUUCACAAUAUGAUUCUGAGAACGUAACUACCUUAUCAGAUGCCAUAGAUGAACAAGAAAAUGAGAAUAAAUCUUUAAACGAAUCUUCACAGUCUCACAAGACAACCAAGAGAAAUGCUAAAAAGAGAAAGAAACACAUAGUUGAGAAUGAUUACAAUUCGAUAAAAGAAUCUAAAAGUGAGCCAAAUGCCAAUAGCAAAGACAUUUCUCUCUUAACAGACGAUAAUGAAAAAGAGGUUAAUGAUUCUGAAAGUGAAAGGGACAAUAAUGAUAAUAAUGAUGAUAAUAGUGAAGAAAUAAUAGAGUUGCCUAAUGAAUCAAAUUUGGAAGAAAAUUCAAUACAAACAGCUGUAGAACCAGUGAUUUAUAGGCUGUCUGCUAGAGGCAAACCACAACUGGUUCAUGAAGGAUACGUAUAUAAUUUGACCUCCCGUUCCAAGAUAUACAACAACUCGCAUUAUCGUUGCGCGGAACAGCAUCGCGGUUGUCGCGGAAAAUGUUCGGUGAUCGCAGAGAGGUUUAUGCCAACAGGAGUACGAGAUCAUAAUCAUCCACCGAGUUAUCAAUCGGAAUAUGAUUAUAGAAAGAAAAAGGGCACUAGCAAUGUCUAAGGAUUAUUCCACGCUACAAUUUUAUAAAGUACUUUGUAAUUAAUUAGACUCGGAUGCAUACAUCUUGGUCUAUAUAUCUAUAUAUAUAUAUAUACAUCUUUCUGAAGACUCAACAAUUGAAACAGAUAACACACUGUGAGGUAAAAAAGGUAAAUAUUCAUUUGAAUUUAAGAAAAAAAAAUAUUUGUAUGUGACUCUAAUCUCCUAGAGAUCAAAGAUUUAUCCUAAUUAAAGUGAUAAUUGUUUUAAUCACAAAGCAUUUACUGACAAAACAUAGAAUCUAGAUGUUAGUCUUGUAAACUAAUUAGAUUCUAUAAUUUGGCAGUGCUCUGCUGUUCAGUGAAGAAAUCAAUAUAGCAUUCAAUUUGCAUUUGUACUAAUAUUCCGAGAAAUUGUUAUAUUAUUACAAUAUUACAUCAUUGAAAGUACGUUCUUAAGACUUUGUAUAAAUUUUUUUAAAUAACUUCUCUAUGAUUGAAUUAUAUUCCAGUGUAAAUAAAAUUAAUAAUUUUGCAUAUAGUUACAAAAUUUUAGGAUAACUCAGUUAAAAAUUUUUAAACCUGCAUUUUCUGUGUUGAAUUACAACAUUAUAGAAUUCAAUAAUAUAUCACAAUUUAUACUUGUAAUAUAUAUCGAGAGUGUCGAAUUAGCUCUAUUGUAUAUUUUAUCUUAAUUAGUUUUUCAGUUCUGUAAGAUCAAUUUACUUCUUCCAAUUUCUUAUUUAAUUCUAAAGUCUUCCAAACAAAUCUUUUUUGUAUCUUUCUCUCAAAAUUCAUUGAAUUAUUUUAUAAUGUUAUAAUUAUAUGACAGAAUGAAUUCGAUUUGAUUUAGAUAGUAAGUUUUAAUUUAUAAAGCAAAUUGUGAAUUUUUCACUGAACAGUAUUCAUAUGCAAAAGCCAAAACAAAAGCUGUGAAUUAAAUGAAUAUGUCUAACGUUAGAUAAGAAGUACAAAUGUUGGCCUAAUUUUCAAGAAAUUCUUCGCACACUAUAAGCAUUUUGUGACCAAUAUAUACAGAAUUAAAGUCCAAUGAUUAUUAUAUUAUAUAUUAAAAAAACCGUAAUGCCAUGUAUACAAAAUCGAUUGAAACAUCGUUAUAAUUCCUGUAAGUUUCCACAUUCCCAUACAAAGAUUAUAUAUACAUGUAUAUAUUACAUUAGAUUUAAAUGCAACACUGUGAUGCGUCAAUUUGUCAACUUUGAGAAUUUAAUAAAUAACGUGAUUUAUACAUUA